AUGGCCCAGUCGGCUAUCAAGACUUUUCUAGACUCAAAGGGUCUUGUUGCUACACAAGCAUGGCUUGAUUCCUUUGUCAGUUCCACGCGUCAAGGCACUCCCAUACCUGCCCUGCAAAAGACGGCUCUGUUCCGCAUACUGGCCUCCGAUCUUACAUCAUCCAUCAAAGCCACUCCAACCAACACUCUGCCACCAAAUGCUCUGAAUCCUACUGUCAAAGAACUUCGCAUGCCGGAUACCAUCCCUGUCCAAGUGCUUGACAUUGAAGACAUAGGUCGCAGCGCUUGGAGUCAAGUUGAAGCCAUCGAGGCUCAAGAACGCGGUGAGACCACAAAAGGCAGGGAAGUCAUUCGUGUUGUGCCUGGCGAGGAAUCAGAUCCUACCAGAGACGGUACUGCUCCAGUCAUCAAAAGCAACGGUCCUCACAAACUACUUCUACAGGACGCAAAGGGCACAAAGAUCUACGGCUUCGAGAUCACUGAUGUCGACGGCAUCGACUUGAAUCUGGGCAUUGGCGCAAAGUUCAUCCUAAAAAAUGUAACCAUUGCACGAGGUGUGAUCCUGCUCGAGCCAAAUAGUACUCAGCUUCUCGGUGGCAAGGUCGAUGCAUGGGACAAAGCUUGGAGAGCUGCCAGAAAGGAUACCUUGAAGGCAAAGGUUGGUCCAAGGGGAGUAGACGAACUCUGA